CGUUGUUGUUCCCUGCGUUAUUUUCGGUGGCCUGUCGGCUCACUAUUGGAGCCAAUUUAUAUAACGGGCCACCAUUUCUCCGCGGUCUCAUUAACUAGAUUGGUCAAGAUCGAUUUCCUUGAUAUUAUCGCCUUGCCCUCAGAAUCUCACCAGUUGGUCUUUGUGUUACAGACAACCAUCUCCAUCUGCCAACGCCACAUUCCACCUGGAACUUCAUAUCGUAUCAUCCAUCCAUCUGUACAUAUAUCAACAGCAUUUUUUCAUCUGUCCACCAGCACUCAUGACUGAAUACGAUUAUUCACCCGCAGCAUGGGAGCAUUACCGUGCUCAACAAGCACGGGUUUCAAACUGGGUAUCCCAGACAACUGCUCAAGCUCAUUCCUACUCCAAUCCCUUCGUCAUGUCGCCCACAUUGCGCGACCGCUCGUUCUAUGACGAGCCAAGUGGAAGACGGCAGCGCCCUGCGCCCAGCCGUUCAAAAACUUUCGAUAUGUCCCCCCCGAGGCAUGAAGAUCCAUAUAGGCACACAUCUUCUCGUUCGCGUUCAGCUUCUCACUCGCAGCCUAUCGAUAUGUGGUCAUAUCCCCACUCCAGCCGUACCGACAUACAGACUGCAUCGCAUUCUCGCAGUAGCUCAGCACGCAAGCCACCAUCACGCUCGCAUACUGUACAAGUCAUGUAUCCGCCACCUGCGGCCCCCACACAUCAGUACCAACGCACCCAGCCCUAUCCCUACCCGCAGAAGCAAUCGCAGCCCGUGCGGCAACACACAUCUCCGGCAUAUUAUUAUCCAGAGCAGUCCCACGGACACGGAUCUCACCAACGGACGACGUACCACCAACCUUCACGUCCGGUGCACACGUACCAUGCCCCUAAUGGUCGUUUGGAGUAUCACUAUGGGCCACCAGCUCAGAAGAAACCUCAGCCUCUGUUUAAGCGCUUGCUAGGGUUUAUGUCACCUGGUUCAGGCAAUGGAAGGGGCGGACCGGUGAAUCACCGUAGCUCUGGGAGACGCUCGUCCUAUUGAAGACCGAGCAGAAACCGGAGCCCUGUUGCAUAUCAUGUCCAUCAUCAGAGUCGCUGGACUCCUCAGGAGUCCGAGAUCAACAAGCAUACAUUUUAUAUCUUUAUUAAAUUUGAGCGCUGGCGUUUACUUGACACUCGUUCAUAUAUUUCGCAAACGAUUCACAUUCAUUGUACAUUCUAACCAUCACACUCAUUCUGUACAUUUACGCAUUGUAAUGACUUGAUGCCCCGCACUGUAGACAAUAGCACAAUCACGUUGUUUGGAAGCUGCAAGGGCGAUGCCCACCCUCGGUGGUAAUAAAACAUCAAUCGCGGAGCUCAGCGAACGCGUGUGUUAAACUUCGACUC